AUGGAGGUCUUUGACAGUACAAUCUUUGCAAACGACGACGACGACCCCAAGAACUUUAUCAACAACUAUGCAUCGCUUUCACAAUUCGAUCUAGAUCUGCAACAGCAGGCACAAGCUGCAAUGCAGCAAGGUACCUGGCAAGAUUUCGACAUGUUCUUGCCACAGCUCGACUGUCCCAAUCUCUUCUACAAUGCACCCAUCACACCACCUCAUGCGUUCCCUACUCCUUCACCGCCACAACGCCCCGUUGAGCAGACUACGACUACGACAACCACCACCAACAACAACAAUAUGCCAUUGUUUGAUACAGCAUUUAUGGAUGACACCACUACAUUAUACAGCCAAGCUUCAUCACUACUUCCACCCAACAAUAUGAUCCCUGCUGUGAGCGAAGGAGAGAACAAUGGUAGCAACAGCAUGAUUAAGCAGCAGCAAAUGCCCAUUUCUCCGCCACUUGUAUCGUUUGACACCACACCUGUUGUCCCAUCGCAGUGGAGCGAUCCGGAGCCUAAGCCCGAACCCAUUGGUUCUUCUUCUCCGAUUCUAAGCGAAAAUGUUGCCAUGUCGACAUCAUGUUCACUUGAUAAUGAGCAACGACACAUUACUCCUCCACCAGAUAUGUCUGGACCUCCUCCUUUACCUCUUCCUCAAUCGACAUCAUCCACAUCCAUUCCUACAACACAACAACAACAACAACAAUGGAACACAACUGAAACAAGUGCCAAAGUUCCGAUUCAACGACUCAAACCACCUGUUACAGGUAUCACAACAACGCCUACUUCUCCUUCUGGUGCAUCAUCAACAGCACCCACAGGCCGUACUCAGAAGAAGACAGCACAUAAUGCCAUUGAACGUCGCUAUCGCAACAAUAUCAAUGAUCGUAUCACCGAACUCAAGAAUGCGGUCCCAGCUCUUGUCCAUGCUAAGCUAAAGGAUUCUCGUACUACCGGUGGGGCUGGUGCAUCCAAUAAGCGAUCCCAUCGCUCUGUUGAAGAUGACGAUGAAGAAGCUGAGGAUGGUGAAGAAUACAUGGAUGGUGUCGCCGUGGCAACCAAGCUCAACAAGGCAACCAUUUUGCGCAAGGCAACCGAAUACAUCACCCAUUUGAAAAAGACGGGCGAAGAUAUGCGUCGUGAGAAUGCUUUAUUGCAGCAAUUACUUGCUCAAUUACCAGGUGGACAUGAGGUGCUUGGUCGAUAUCAGAUGCAAAAAGUACAACGUGAACAAGAGAUGCAACGUCAACGAAUGGAAGAAAAGCAAAUGAUGAUGAAACAGCAGCAACAGCAACGAAAGUCUCGCAAGCGCACACGCACUCAAGAAGAGUAUCCAAGCAGCUCAUCAUCACCAGCAUCCUCUGCACACAGUGAUCCACUCACACCACCAGCAGGUGCCAAUGUUGGAAAUCGUGUGUUUAUGGCCAUUUUUGCAUGCUUGACAUUCUUUUCAUCAUCGCCAUUGACUACGGGUCCUUCAAGUGCGGAGCAAUUCCAGAAUCAUCAACACGCCGCUCGUACUACAAGUGCUGAUUCGGCUACCGUCAAUACAACAACCCACUCCAAGAGCAUGACGCUGGAUUCGUUUUUGCCUUUUGAAGAUGGAUGGUCAACAUUGCGAACAGCUGUAUUUGUGUUAUUUUUGGCACACUUGUUACUUCCAUUGAUUGGUACAUGGUUAUGGCCAUUUUCACUCAAUGUGCGCCGUGUAUCACGAUCCAAGCGUUUAGCAUCACAUAAACGUACAUCCACACUCAAGUCUUCUCAUAUCGCAUCUACACCAGCAUUCACACCAGGCGAUCAGAAAUGUUUUCGUAUCUAUGACAUUAUUGUCAAAAUGCUCGAAUCCAAUGAAGAUGGUCCUCCACGCACCACCACUGGCUAUGUCACUCAAACUCUCAAAGAAGCAAGUCGAUUCAUUGCACGACACACAUUUGGAUACGAGAUCUUGUACAACGAAGAAGAAGAACGAUUGAUUCCUGAAGACGAAUGGGAACAAGCUUGCCGGUGGAUCAAAUUGAAUGAAAUUGAAUGCUUGGGUGGCAAUCCAGAAGCUACACGUUGGACAAUGUUACAUUCAUGCUUGCGUAUGCUCAACUUGGUCGAAGUCAUGGAAGAUGAAGAACAUCCAGAGCUCUCACAAAUGCGUGCUCGUGUCUAUGCAACAGCUGCUAUGCAAUUUUCAGUCGCCAAUUUGCCAUUGAUCCCUACCAAACGUUUGGUGCGUUAUUUGCUUGGUAUGGCAGUCUAUGAACCCUUCUCUGAUAACACCGAUGGUGAUGUACAUAUGCGAUCUUUGGUAUCUCAACAAGAGCAGCAGCAUGAUUUGGUCGACAGCAUCCUCAACUCUCAAGCAUGGAGCGAAGCAUUGGAUGUGAUGCGUCAUCAAAUGGGUCAAUUUUCUACCAUGUCACUUUCUCUCGCAGCACCUGUGGUGGUUCCCGUAGCCGUCUUAUCCACCUUACAACACCUCAACCACUUGCAAAAGCAAUUUGAUCACUUGAUUGUCGGCAUGGCUUCCAACAACAAUGAAAAAGAUGAAAAGACGUUGGCAGCACAACAUGAAACCUCGUUCUUUGAUCCAUCACCUUUGGCUGACAGCGAGCAACAGCAACUGGCGUUUUGGCUUGCAGCUGUGGGCAUGACGGUUGAAUCUUUAUGGCGUAAUGAUGAUGAUAUGACAGCCAUUGAGCAAUGGAUGGAGAUUGUUGUCAAACGUGUACCAAGAUCCCUUACAAGCACGCAUGGCGGUUUCCAAGACAACGUAGCAGCUUUAAAGAAGCGCAACAACAUGUUGGAUGAAAUGAUCAAAAAGAGCAUUGUCCUUGUAUUGGUUGGUGCUGUAUUGAUCAAACGUGGUGGUACCGAUCAUGUUGAACAAGGCAUUGAGCAAUUGGAACGUGCUGAGCGUUUACGUGGAUCGAUCAAGAAAUUACUUCAGAACAAAAAGGAUGUAUCGCCAGCGGCUGUGGUGUCCCUUGAAACGGUUGUACUUGCACAAGCUGAGUUUGCCGUAGCCAUGGUGGGAUUAGAAGCUUGGAUCACAGCAUGGAAACACAAGGGUGGUGAAAUGCGUGCAAGAGUGCGUCAAGCAGAACUUGAUUUGAGAAGAAUGAUUCGACGUCCACCUCUCCUUGAUGAUGCCCUUACAGCCAACCAGAUCAUUGUAGCUCGACUUGUUCGCUUGGGCCAAUUUGUCUCACGACAACCCGAUGAUGUCGAUUCAGCCAGUGACGCAUCCGAUAUCGAAGAUGAUGCAAACACUGGUUCCCUCUCUUACAACAUGACAGCAACUUCUGAUGAAGAUGAUUCUUCUAUCGUCAAGCAAGCUGAUCGCGCACUUGAUAUCCUCCAUGGCAUUAUUGCUUAA